CUGUUUAAAAGCUCCUCGCCAUCCUCCUGUCUGCUGUGCAGCUCGCAGUCUCACUCAGCACAGCAGUACCCCACUCUUUCACACACUUCUUAAAUCAUAAGCCCUCGCAUCCCGCAAUGUCGGCCGCCAGCACAGAGACUAGCGCCCCGCUGCCCACCGCCGGCAGCCGCGUCUUCUUCCAAGGUGCGCCCGGAGUUGGCUGCGUGGGGUCCGGCCCCAUCACCGGGGACGACCCGGUCCAGAAGAAACAGGGCAAAGUGACGGUCAAGUACGACAGGAAAGAGCUGCGGAAAAGACUCGUCCUGGAGGAGUGGAUCAUCGAGCAGCUCAGCGAGUUGUAUGACUGUGAGGAGGAAGAGAUGCCAGAGGUAGAGAUAGACAUAGAUGAUCUGUUGGAGGUCAACAGUGACGACGAGAGAGCCAGCAAACUGCAGGAAUCAUUAAUAGACUGCUACAAACCAACAGAGGUCUUUGUCCGCGAGUUGCUGGGCAGGAUAAGGGGAAUGAGAAAACUCAGUGCGCCAACUAAGAAGGGCCUAUAAUGGCUUUGAUUUCAACUAUCAAUCAACCAUAAACUCAUCUCAGCUCCACCUACUUAACCCACUCAACCUGGACUGUCAUCACACAGAAAAACGUAUCUAAACAUAACAGCAUUACUAACUAUCCUGCAACUUGCAAACAGGCACCAUAAACUCCAUGCAUAUAGCACUAGCCAUUCAUUUCACAAUCACGUAGAAUAACAAGGUGUAUUAUAAUAUUUGUCUGUUGAAAGGUACGUAAGCAAAACAGAGCCAACAUGGUUAAAUAGCAUUACAGCCACAAUAAAAUGUCAUGCCCUGGAACGUGCCAGAACUGCAACUGUGCUUUAACACGAAUACCACCUUAUUCCACAUUUCAGAGCCAUGUUACAAUCUGAUGCUGUAAUCCCAACAGGCAUAUAGCAUAAACACAGAGGUGGUAAAAAAAUGUUUGUACUGCAGUAGGUGUGAAAUUAGCUGAAGCACUAUGUAAACAUGGUGCUUCAUGGUUUUGUCAUUUUUUUACUGAGGUAUUUUGCUGUUACUUCUUUUAAAUAAAAUGUACUGUAUGUUGCCA